AUGAAGAUCACUAGCUCGACUGUCCCCGAAGACUAUGGUCAUGGAUCCAUGGUGGUUGUCCCUCAAGAUGCUGACGACAUGUGGACACUCUACAACCACAUCCACCCCGGAGACGUAGUUGAAGGUACUACCACCCGCAAGGUCAUUCGCAAGAGUGAUAACAGUACCUACCGCAAAACCAUCCGCGCUGUUCUGCGUGUCACAAAAACGGACUAUGAUGCUCGGUCCGCAUCGCUGCAAAUUGCCGGCACGUUUGAAAACGAAAUUGAGGAUGUCUCUCCUGGUGCAGCCCACACCCUCGAUGUCCAGGUUAACCGACAGCUCAAGAUCACUAAGGAUGAAUGGAACAAGCUUGAAGUCGAUGAUCUUAACGAUGCCUGUGAUAUGGAUAAGCGUGCAGAACUCGGCGCUAUUAUCAUGGAAGAUGGUGUGGCCCAUGUCUGCAUAGUUACCAGUAACAUGACUAUUCUUAAGGCCAAGGUUGAAGUGAGCAUUCCUAAAAAGACAGCCUACGAAUCCUCAAUCAAGAAAAUUGGCCGAGCACAUGAGCGUUUCUUCAAGCAGCUCUACACUGUCUUUUCACAAUCUUUACCUCUUGAUACCCUGAAGGCGCUGCUUAUUGCGUCACCAGCAUUUUAUGCCACAGAGUUUAAAAACUAUCUGUUUGAAGAAGCUGCUCUCAAAUCAGAUAAGCGCAUCCUUCGCUUCAAGGACAAGACUGUUAUUGCCCAUGCAUCUUCAGGGUACCUUCAAAGUCUCAAGGAAGUCAUGAAGGACCCUAAUGUUGUCAGCCAUCUUUCUUCUGCAAAAUACGGUCAUCAGCUCCAAAUGCUGGAAAACUUUUACACCAUUAUGAACCGCGACGACAUGCGUGCAUGGUACGGUCCCAAGCACGUGGCAAAGGCCGUUGAGAUGGGUGCUGUCGACUCGUUGAUGGUUUCAGAUUCUCUGUUUCGCAGUGACGAUGUUGCCGAGCGCAAGGAGUACAUUGCAAUGGUUGAAGAAGUUAAGAAUUCAGGCGGUUCCGUUGAAAUAUUUUCGUCUCUCCACGAUGCUGGCCAACAACUUGAUGAUAUUUCCGGCAUUGCUGCUAUUCUCAAGUUUCCUCUACCAGAACUACAGGAUAUCGAGAGUGAAGACGAAGAUGAAGAUUAA